UUUGUUUCCCGAGUUCCUGGUACUCAAAAAUUUAUCCCUUUCUGGUACUUCGGAAUCAAACAACAGUAAAUCUUGUCCGGAUCCAGAUCGGCAGUUCCAAUUUUCCGACCACUGCCAUGGAAAACGCCGACGAAGAAACGGCGACCGUGUCUAGAGUACCCACUAAAUCGGCCUUCCGGUUCAACUCGCCGCUGAUCCAAGUGAGCUUGAUGGGUCUGGUUUGUUUCUGCUGUCCCGGCAUGUUCAACGCCCUUUCCGGGAUGGGCGGAGGCGGGCAGGUCGAUCCCACCGCCGCCAACAAUGCCAACACCGCCCUUUACACCACCUUCGCUCUCUUCGGCAUCCUCGGCGGCGGGAUCUAUAACCUCCUCGGUCCCCGGCUCACCCUCGCCGCCGGUUGUUCCACGUACGUUCUCUAUGCCGGCUCGUUUCUUUACUAUAACCAUUACCACCACCAGGCUUUUGCCAUUGUCGCCGGAGCGCUGCUCGGCGUCGGAGCAGGCCUUCUCUGGGCCGGUGAGGGUGCUAUUAUGACGUCAUACCCUCCGCCUAACCGGAAAGGGACGUAUAUUUCGCUCUUCUGGAGUAUCUUCAACAUGGGCGGAGUCAUCGGCGGUCUCAUUCCGUUCGUCCUGAACUAUCACCGGACUCACGCCGUUUCCGUCAACGACGCCACGUACGUAACUUUCAUGUGCUUCAUGGCCGCCGGAACCCUACUUUCCCUCGCUAUUCUCCCGCCGUCAGAUGUCGUCCGUGAUGACGGAACCCGCUGCAGCAACAUGAAGUACUCCAAGGUUUCCAUCGAGAUCGUGGAGAUUCUCAAGCUUUUCCUCAACUGGAAAAUGCUUCUCAUCGUCGCCGCCGCCUGGGCUAGCAACUUCUUCUACAGCUACCAGUUUAACAACGUCAACGGUCUUCUUUUCAAUCUGCGAACGAGAGGCUUCAACAACGUUUUUUACUGGGGAGCACAGAUGGUGGGAUCCUUCGCCAUCGGGUACGUCCUCGACUUCAGCUUCCGGAGCAGGAGGAGAAGAGGCUUCGUCGGGAUUUGCCUUGUUGCUCUGCUGGGGACUGGAAUUUGGGCCGGUGGCCUCGUCAAUCAGCUCACUUACUCGUUCAAUGAUCUCCCGGAGAAUAGACUGGAUUUCAAGGACUCCGGUAGUGAUUUCGCUGGACCGUUCCUUUUGUAUUUCAGCUAUGGUUUGCUAGAUGCCAUGUUUCAGACCAUGGUUUACUGGGUAAUCGGAGCGUUGGCCGACGAUUCUGAGAUUCUCAGUAGGUAUAGCGGAUUUUAUAAAGGAGUGCAGAGUGCAGGGGCUGCAGUUGCUUGGCAAAUUGAUACGAAGAAGGUUCCAUUGCUGAACCAGUUGAUUGUUAACUGGGCGCUGACGACUGUAAGUUAUCCAUUGUUAUUGCUUCUGGUUUUCUUGGCCGUCAAGGACGAUGAGAAGAGUGUUGAAGAGGGAGAUAUGAAGGAGUCUGAGUUUGUCUCUGUAAAUAGCACCAUAGCCAAGUCCUAUUAGUGCUUCGUCCUCCGUAAAUUCUCCCCUUUUCUUCUUUCUUCUAAGUAAAGAAAAAAAAAAAACGAUUCCACUAAUUUUUUUCUGGUGUUCUUGAAUUCUACACAGUGCCAUAUGUACACUGCACGCUGCUCUGUUUUGGCUAGUGCCUGAAAAGAAAAUCAUCCACGCAUAUAAUUGUUUGCUUAAUACUAAACUGGGUUUUAUUCUUUUU